CAUUCACUCGCUCUGGCCCCUCUCACUUUCUUUUCAGAAGGGGGAACUUCCCAUGCACAGAGAAACCGCAUAUUUUUUCUCUCUCUCUCUCUGCAAAAACCAAAAAUAAAAGGCUCAAAAAGCGGGGACCAACGAAACUCAUGUAGUGCACAGAGAGGGGGAUACUGUACGAAUGGACGGCGAUGUCUUGGCUCCCCCUCUCUCUCUCUCUCUCUCUCUCUAAAAGCAUACCCCUUUUUUCUCUCUAACCCAAAUCCAAAACAAUAAAAGACGUUUCCUCUUCAACCUCUUCCCAAAGCUUGCAAGCGACUGAGCAAGUUCAACUACACAUGCUCCUCCCUGAUAUUUCCCCUUUAAAAACCAUCGUGCUUUCUCUCUCUAAACCAGUCCUAAUACUCGGAGCAGAAGUAGAGAGAGAAAAUGAUCAGCUUAUUGGACCUCUACCAUGUCUUAACAGCGGUGGUUCCACUCUAUGUGGCCAUGAUCUUAGCUUACGGUUCAGUAAAAUGGUGGAAAAUCUUCACUCCCGAUCAGUGCUCAGGAAUCAACAGAUUUGUGGCGUUGUUCGCUGUUCCUUUGCUUUCUUUCCACUUCAUCGCCGCUAAUGAUCCUUAUUCCAUGAACUUUCGAUUCAUUGCAGCUGAUACCCUGCAAAAACUCAUUGUCCUCGGUGUUUUAGCAGUAUGGUGCAGAGUUAGUAAGAGGGGCACACUGGAAUGGACCAUCACACUGUUUUCUCUCUCUACACUGCCUAACACUCUGGUCAUGGGUAUCCCCUUACUGAAAGGCAUGUAUGGUGAUUUCUCGGGGAGUCUCAUGGUCCAGAUCGUGGUGCUUCAGUGCAUCAUAUGGUACACUCUCAUGCUCUUCCUGUUCGAAUAUAGGGGAGCCAAGCUCCUUAUCACCGAGCAAUUUCCCGACACAGCGGCCGCCAUUAAGUCCUUCACUGUGGAUUCAGAUGUUCUCUCUCUAGAUGGCCGAGAACCGCUGGAGACCAACGCUGAGAUUGGAGAAGAUGGAAAGCUUCACGUUACGGUGAGGAAGUCCAAUGCUUCUCGCUCUGAUAUCUUCUCUCGAAGAUCGCAGGGAAUCACUCCUCGACCUUCUAAUCUCACAAACGCUGAGAUUUACUCUCUGCAAUCCUCUCGAAACCCAACGCCGAGAGGUUCAAGCUUCAACCACACUGAUUUCUACUCCAUGAUCGCCGGCCGUGGCAACCCAAACCCCAAUAUGAGCCCAAGACACUCCAAUUUUGGAGCUAAUGAUCUCUACUCCAGCAGGGGACCAACGCCCAGGCCCUCUAAUUUCGAAGACGAGACUAAGGACAGCGAUUACCAUCACAAAUCGCGAUUCGCAAGGGGUUCUUCAGAGAAUCACCCUCUUCCCAUUGCUCCUCCUAAUCCUUCCAUUGCUCAAUAUCCCGCUCCCAAUCCUGCCAUGUUUUCGCCUAAUAGCGGGACUAAGCCCGCGGUUAAAGGUGCUAAUGGGCAACAAAAUGAGGGAGCCAAGGAUUUGCACAUGUUCGUCUGGAGCUCGAGUGCUUCUCCUGUAUCGGAAGUUUUCGGACAGCAUCAAGAGUUUGGGGCUUCUAAAGAAGUAAGGGUUGGUGUAUCCCCGACAAAUGAACACCCACCAUCGAAAGGAGAAAGUUAUCCAAGAGAGAGUCAGGAAUAUGAGCGUGGCGAUUUUAGCUUUGGGAACGCAGGUGCAGAAGGAGAGGGGCAAAAUCAAGGGAAGUUCGGUUCAAGCUCAGCUAUGGAGCUUCACUCUAGGCCAACGGAUGGAAAAGCCACGUCCAUGCCUCCUGCCAGUGUUAUGACAAGACUUAUUCUCAUCAUGGUUUGGAGGAAGCUUAUUCGAAACCCAAACACAUAUUCCAGCUUGAUUGGUCUCACAUGGUCCCUUGUCUCCUUCAGGUGGCACGUCAAGAUGCCUGCUAUUGUGGCUCAGUCCAUUUCGAUUCUCUCAGAUGCAGGCCUUGGAAUGGCUAUGUUCAGUUUGGGGUUAUUCAUGGCGUUGCAGCCGAGGAUCAUAGCAUGUGGGAAUUCGAUAGCAGCUUUUGCGAUGGGAGUGAGAUUCCUUAGCGGACCAGCUGUCAUGGCUGCUGCUUCCAUUGCUGUUGGAUUGCGAGGCGUCCUCUUACACGUCGCCAUUGUACAGGCGGCACUUCCUCAAGGCAUUGUCCCCUUCGUCUUCGCCAAAGAGUACAACGUACACCCCGAUAUUCUGAGCACCGGAGUUAUAUUUGGCAUGCUGAUCGCCUUGCCCAUAACACUAGUCUACUACAUCUUAUUGGGUCUUUGAAAGCCAUCUCUCUCUCUCCCUACCCGACAUGGAGCAGGGCCUGGUCUGUACUGCUGCCAUUGUUUGUCAUGAAGCGCCGACCGCCCCAACAGUUAGUUUCCUCAGACAGCAAUGGCCUCGCUGGCUGCAACCACAAAAAAGAGGAUAUGCCAUGCCAAACGGACCACAAUGCAACACACAGCAAACCCCACCUCUAUUUUACUGUGAAAACCCGAAUUCCUCUUUAAGGGAGUUGUAAUCAUGUAACCAUAUGUUUGGUUUUAGUCGUUUUAGGUUUACAGUUUUAAUGGCGAAAUUUUGUCACGAGAAAGGAUUCCAAAAGCAUAGAAAUCGCAGCUCUGUUUUAUCCUUUCUCUCUCUA